CUCAUUUCCCAGCAUUCCGUUCGGGAAAACAUUGCCAUGUUUUGCGGGAACAUUGAAAGCAGUUAACGUCAGAGCUUCAGUAAAGAGUAGGAUGCCAGGUACAGUGCCCCCUUCAGGUGGUGGUCAGCAGCAAGACCAAGCAGUGGCUGCUACUCUGGAUCUCAUCUGCAGUGCUCCUGAGCAGACCUACUCCCACUUCCUGGCCUCCUUCACACAGUUAAACCUAGAAACCCUGAGGGCUGAAGAGCCAAGGGACACUCGCCGAGACGCUGGCCCCGAGGUCAUACGAGACGGCCGGAAAGGGGACGGGGACACCAAUCUGAGAAGACAGCGGGAUGUGUCUGACCUGCCUGAGCUGAGCAACAGCUUGGACAAUGCAGCCUUGAGGGUGGAGGACAACAAAGAUGACUUACAAGGGUGCAGUCUGCUUCCAGGGGAGGUGGAGAACGGGAGGCUGCCUACACACACCUCCUCCAUCAUCCACUCCACCCAGCUGGAGAUGUGCUCCACAGCAAACGCAACGCACUCCACCCAGCUGAAGAUGUGCUCCACAGCAAACGCAACGCACUCCACCCAGCUGGAGAUGUGCUCCACAGCAAACGCAACGCACUCCACCCAGCUGGAGAUGUGCUCCACACCUCCUCCAUCAUCCACUCCACCCAGCUGGAGAUGUGCUCCACAGCAAACGCAACGCACUCCACCCAGCUCGCAAUCGGGGGAACAUGUAGCACACUCCACCAGCGAGCCAUCGGGAGAACACGCGACACCCUCCGCAGACUCCUCUCAGGGAGAACAAACAACGCAACCUGCCAGCAGUGAGACAGAAUCACACACAGUGACAACUAUCGAGCAGGUGUGGAUACAUACCAGCUCCAUUAGAGGCAACACAGUGACAACUAUCGAGCAGGUGGACAGGGAAGAAGUGCAGCCUUUUCACCUGGAUGACAACUUUGAUUAUGACCAUGUUGUGCUUACCCACAAGUACCCAACACUUCCACAAAACCCUGCAGCUAACUGAAUUGUGUGUGUGUGUGUGUGUGUGUGUGUGUGUGUGUGUGAAAGAGGGAGAGUGUGUGUUUAUGUAUUUGUGUAUGUCCAAGAUGUAUGUAAUGUGGAUUUAUUGGAAUUGGCCAGAAGUCAGUUAGUAAAACUGGCAAACUCAAAUGCAUCUUGUGUUGAUUAAACAUAUUGUUUCUACUGAGAAAAA